UGUGACUAGAGCUAUAAAGCAAAACACCACCGAAGAAGAAGAGCAAUCACCACAGAAGAAGAAACGUAGCCCUCCCUCCCAAACAAAAAUAAAAUGGCGACAAUGGCGUAUUACUAGAAAAACAAAUAAAGGGGAAAAAAACGCGCUUUACGGAGGAAACUUUUAAUUUGAAGACAUAAAUACCUUCUGGUGCCAUAUUUGUUUGAUUACUACAAAGGAAUUCUAGCUAUUAAGUUUUAUUUUUGUACGGAUAAAGUUUUUGCUCCGUUACUCAGACGGUAAACAGGUUAGUUCGAAGACGCAUCCAGUCAUGACUGAGCAACCCAACACGACCUCUGAGGGGAUCGUGGGCCUGGAUGAGCCCAAGAAGAUGACCAGAGAGGACUGGAGGAAGAAGAAGGAGCUGGAAGAGCAGAGGAAGCUCGGAAAUGCCCCAGCCGAGGUGGACGAGGAGGGAAAGGACAUCAACCCUCACAUCCCUCAGUAUAUUUCUUCAGUUCCCUGGUACAUCGACCCAUCAAAAAGACCCACGCUGAAACAUCAAAGACCACAGUCCGAAUGCCAGAAGCAGUACUCCGCAAUAGGGGACUGGUACAAGAGAGGCGUGCAGGAGAAUGCAGUUACCACUAAAUACCGCAAAGGUGCUUGUGAGAACUGUGGAGCUAUGACACACAAAAAGAAAGACUGCUUGGAGCGACCCAGAAAAGUUGGGGCCAAAUUCACUGGAACAGGUAUAGCUCCAGAUGAACACGCUCAGAUCCAGCUAACGAUGGACUACGACGGAAAGCGCGAUCGCUGGAAUGGCUACGACCCGGAGGAACACCAGCGCAUCGUGGAGGAGUACGCCAAAGUGGAUCUUGCUAAGCGGACCCUGAAAGCACAGAAACUUCAGGAUGAGUUGGCCUCAGGGAAGCUAGACCAAAGUGAGCGUGAACAUGACAGCGAAGGCGAAGAUGAAGACAAAUAUGCAGAUGACAUCGACAUGCCCGGUCAGAACUUUGACUCUAAGAGACGAAUCACUGUCAGAAAUCUGCGUAUCAGAGAAGACACGGCUAAAUACCUGAGAAACCUGGAUCCAAACUCUUCGUACUACGAUCCAAAGACUCGAGCGAUGAGAGAGAACCCUUACUCCAACACUGGCAUGAACCCAGAUGAGGUGGGUUACGCUGGAGACAACUUUGCUCGCUACACCGGAGACACGAUCAGCAUGGCUCAAACACAGCUGUUUGCGUGGGAGGCCUAUGAGAGGGGCUCUGAGGUCCAUCUGCAGGCCGACCCCACCAAGCUGGAGCUGCUUCAUCGCUCCUUCAAGGUCAAAAAGGAAGAUUUUAAAGAGGAGCAGAGGGAGAGCAUCCUAGAGAAGUACGGAGGUCAGGAGCACUUGGACGCACCGCCGAGGGAGCUGCUGUUGGCUCAGACUGAGGACUACGUGGAGUACUCUCGUCACGGCGCCAUUCUGAAAGGACUCGAGAAGGCCGUCGCUCGCUCCAAAUACGAGGAGGACGUGCUCAUCAACAACCACACUUGCAUAUGGGGCUCCUACUGGAAGGAUGGCUUCUGGGGGUACAAGUGUUGCCACUCCAUGGUCAAACAGAGCUACUGCACAGGAGAUGCUGGGAUCCAAACCAACAAUUCAGAAUGUGUUCCCUUUGAAGAGGGACUAACGGAGCCGCAGGAUGAAGAAGAGCCCAAGUCCUUGCUGGAAAUGCACCAAAAAAAGAUGAAAGAGAAAAAGAAGAAAAGGAAGAACAAAAAGAACAAGAAGCACGUCUCAGAUGACAGCGACUCUGAGGAUGAAGAGAAGAAGAGAGAGAAGCUGAAGAAGGCUCUCGAAGCAGAAGACAAGCGAGUGAAGCAAGUAGACGUGAUGAUGCAGCUGGAUGAGAGGAAGAGGCCCUACCACAGCCUCCAGGAGAUUAAGGCUCCCACCGAGGAGGAGAUUGAGGCUUUCCGCAUGAAACGCUGCCGACCAGAUGAUCCUAUGGCUUCCUUCCUCGGACAGUGACCGGGUCUUUAUCCCUACUGCUUUCUGCACAGAAAAGACUCUUAUCAGAGUUACAGCUCAGUAGAGAAUCAAACCUACAGCUGCUGUCAGGUCGUUAGAAGAAACCUUUUACUUUGGAAAUGAUCAUGUUUCUGCUCUUGUUUUGUUCGUUUCAGAACAAAAAGUUUCUUAUUUUUUGUAUUUUUGCUCUCAUUUCCAUCUGUCUUCACAGUAAAUUACAGAAGAUGCUCAAAGACUGCUUCUGAACUGGUGUAAUUUCUAAUAAACUUAACUUGUUUAAAUUAA